CGGGCUGUCUCGCGCUCCCUUCCUGCUGCAUCACAACAGCCGUUAGUAGCUCGAGUAGUACUGGUGACCGGGGGGCAGGAUAUCCACAGCCAAUUCAUUGAUAAAACUACCCUGUUGACGUUGCAGCACGCAACAACAUCCUAACACGGGGGUAACGGACAAGAACUGGUUGCAGUGCGAUAACCCCGCUCCAGUUGUUGGGACAUGGCCAGGCCGGAACAGGUUCUGCUCUUGGAGCCUCCGCACGAACUGAAAUUCAGAGGUCCAUUCUCAGACGUGGUCACCACAACUCUCAAGCUCUCCAACCCGACAGACAGGAAUGUGUGUUUCAAGGUGAAGACGACGGCGCCGCGCCGGUAUUGCGUGCGGCCCAACAGCGGAAUCAUCGAUGCGGGAACCUCGAUCAACGUCUCAGUUAUGUUGCAGCCUUUUGACUACGACCCCAACGAGAAGAGCAAACACAAGUUCAUGGUCCAGUCUGUGGUUGCACCUCCUGACAUGACCGACAUGGAGGGAGUGUGGAAGGAGGCGAAGCCAGACGAGCUGAUGGACUCCAAGCUAAGGUGUGUUUUUGACAUGCCGGUGGAGAACGAGAAAACGCAUGACACGGAGUCCAACAAGAUGAUGUCGUCCAGCUUGCUGAAGUCGGACUCCUCCUCGCUGCCUCUGAAGUCAAUGAGCUCCACCCUGGAUGACGGGGAGGUGAAGAAGAUCAUGGAGGAGUGUAAGAGGCUGCAGAUGGAGGCUCAGAGGCUACGGGAAGAAAACAAACAGAUCCGGGAGGACGAUGGUCUGCGGAUGAGGAAGAGCAACGUGAUGUCAUCUCAACACACCUCGAUUGGCAUGAAGAAAGAAGAGGGGUUGAGCGCCCGCACGAUGGCCCUCAUCGUGCUCUUCUUUGUGGUGGGCAUCAUCGUGGGCAAGUUGGUCUUGUAGAUGGCAGCGCAGUUCGGUGGAGCCGCAGCAUGCUUUCAGGGGGAGGAAAACAAGCACGGGAUCUGGGAUUUUGGAUCGGAAAUGGCAUAUCCGCUGGGUAGGGGGGGGUGGUACUAGUUUUGAUUCAGUCUCAUUUAUGUAAAAAAUACAGAAGAAAAACCGAUUCAUCAUUACAGGUCUUGCCUCUACUUAAUCAUCACAUAAUCAUUCUGCCCUUUUUUGCCAAAGUUUCAUGUAUACAGAUUACUGGUUCGGGGGAAUAGGGGGGGCGAAAACACAAUUGAAAGCUAGUGAUCCAGACCUAUUAUGUAACACCGGCGAGGUAGUGUUGGUGCGACUGAGUCAGUUUGCAGUUGUGUGAAUGUCAUUUUAGUGUUCUUUCUUUUUCCAAAUGACGGAGGCCAGAGCCUAUCUAUAUGUAUACGUAACCCCCCCAGACACACACACACACACACACACUAUACAGUAUAACCAGGUGUUCCUUCCAGCUAAACCCCCUUUAAGGAAGGAAUUUACCAGAGCGAUGAUCCACACAGUCGGGGUUACACACACAGGGCUACCAAACUGACUCCUGCAAUCAGAGGCUUUGUAAAACCGGAUUGUCUUUGAUUGUAGAACAACCUUGAUCAGUGUAUGAAACACUACCCCAUAGGUAUUUUCUUUCCUUGUGUCGUUUGUAUUUUCACUCUACCUUAUUCCCGUCACCUGUCACUCAGCUGCUCACCGCGUUCCCAGUUGUCAGAGGGGACUGUUUGAUUGCAUGCGUUCACACACAGAUUGUUUGAAUCUAAUUUAAUUGCUUUUAUAAAUGGUAAUAAUGUCAUUUUGGCUGUAGGUUUGCACAACUACAUUUUCAGUUUUCUUUCUCUUUUGUUGCAUUUUUAUGAUUUUAAAUAAUUUCUUUCUGUUCUAGGGUUGAAGCAUUUAAGAAUACAAGAAAUGAGCUCCAGAUUUGUAGGAUUAGAUCAUUUCUGUAAAUGUUAUCCAGAUGAAAGGCUUGCCUUGUGAACUAUUUGGGCAGGUUAUUCUCAGGCCAAGAUGGAGGUGUGUAUAUAUGAGAUGCAUGUAGAGGCAACCGAUUGUUUCCCUCACAACAUUAACAGCAACACUAAGGUCCUCUUACAGUGUCCUCACAAAGGGACCUUGUUCUUUUCCACCUCUUUUUGUUUUCUCAUAUUUUCCUACUGAGCCAUACAUUUGUUGACUGAGUGUUUCAAGCUGCCUGCUCAGGCUUGGUUUUUGUUCACUCUACUGCAGGCCCGUGUCCAGUUUUUGGUGUUUGUUCAGCAUUUAUCCGUUGCUUAUUAAUGUUAAAUCCUCACUGCAUUUGAAGUUGUGUUCAUUUUGAAUGCACCAAGAUUAAGCGUGUCACUCCUUUGAUCUUUCUGCAGCAUACAUUUUUUUUCCUCAAGCAAGAGAGAGAGGGGGGGGGGGGGAAGCAUACAGACUAGUUUAUAUCCUUGAGGGGACCACAAGAUGACAUUGUACUGUUCCACAGCCAAUGUUUUUUUUGGUAUAAAAUAAACAAAAACAUAAUCUCAAAUUGUUUCAUCUCCAAAUUUGCAUGAGGGGUAAAAUAGCAGUGGAGAGCAUCAUUCUGCUUUGUGAUAUUUGAAGGUAAAAAGAGAGUAGCUAAUCAUGUUUUUAUCCCACUAUAUCCACAUAAGAUCCAGAAGUGUGUUGUCCAUUGUUAAACUGAAAGAAAAGUUAAAUUCCACCAUUAUUUCAUGUUAAGUGGAGGGGAGGAUGAUGGUUAUGACUGGCGGGUGAGAGCUUAAAAUAUACAUGAGUUGUGUUUCUACUGUAUCUCUGUAAAGUUGUUGGGUUGAGGAUGACUUGCUGCUUAGAGGGAGGGCAGAGCUGAGCUACAGUCCCAUCUUGGGUUAUCAGACCCGGGCCAUUUAGUACUUGCAGAAAAUUCUUCUUGUUCAAUGAAUCCUGGUUGGAGUGUCAGAGCAUUUUUACAUGAAAGAAUAUUGCAAUGUAUCAGAAUAUACUGAUUAAUAAUUUACCACAGUCCUAAUGUGGUACUCCAAGCAGGAUUAAAUGAACAAUAACAAUUACAUUGGAAUACUAAUUGAUCCAGGCCCGGUUGUAAAACACACUACACUGACUAUCACCGUGAUCAAUGUAAGCAGUCGGCAAACUGUUUUGUAUGUAUAUAAAUAAAUAAAUAAGUCUAUCUGAGAAGAAGAAUAUUCCUAGUUCAAGUAGUCUCUCUGGUGUAUAAAAACAACCCAACCUGGUUGGACUAUGUAGCAUCUUAAUAAAUUAAAUGAAUAAA